AUGGUCAAGACACGAGGAAAUAUAUCUAGACGUGGUUCAAAUGAUGCACCCGAGAGUUCCAGACACGGUGCUGCACGAAAGAGACCGACAGCAUCGGCUCGUAGAAGGGGUCAGCAUGAGGCUAAUGUCGUUGAGGAUGACAUUGUUGAGAAUGAGGUUCCUGACGUUCAUCGGGAGGACGAGCAGGUCAUUGAUAACGAUGGUGGAGGAUUUCCUGGUGGGCCGUAUGAUACAUCUUUAUUGACGCAGUACCAGGAUCAUGUUGCACGCAUGAUAUGGGAUGGUCAGGAUCGAGUUGUGAAAGUAGUCUCCUAUAUUAAAAAAGUUAAGAAAUUAGGACGUCCUCACCCUGCUGUUGCACCUUUUGUGUUAGCUUCUGGAUUAUCGCCUUUGUGCGAUAUUUUAUAUGAAUAUAUCGAUCUUGGGUUAGUAUUGGGUUUCGUGGAGAGAUGGCAUCCCGAGACUAAUACUUUUCAUUUACCCAUUGGGGAGAUGACCAUCACUUUGGAUGACAUAUGGUCACUUCUCCAUCUUUCCAUCAGUGGAAACUUUUGCUCCACUGAAAAUCUGGAAUAUGAAGAUUCUGUUCAGAUUUUGACGACACUUCUUGGUGUUGACCGGGCCAUGGCAUGUGUGGAGCUGAAUCAAAGUCGGGGUGCACAGGUCCGACUGAGCAGGUUGAGAGACUUGUAUCACAGCUGUUGUGAAAACGAGCUAUGGGAGUUUGCUGCACGUGCAUAUCUUUUGCACCUUGUAGGGUGCACGAUAUUUGCUAACAAAAGCGCCACCUAUGAAACGGAUUCUCCGGUUGUAAAUAAGGGUAUUAGAGUAAUUUUUGGGGGUACUGAAGAAUCGUUGGAGGUGCAGGGAGAAGGCGCCCAAAUUUGA